AUGAAUACUGAAGUAGCGAAUAGUCGCCCACAUCCUAUAUUGGACGAUUCAUCCAGAAUGAUGCGUAUCAUCGUCAAUCCGACUUAUGAUCGAUUGACCAUUUCGCGUGCGGCUCAUAUGCGAAAAGUGAAUCCAUUGAGUUAUGAUUGUAAACUAAUCCGAUUAAACAGACGAAAGGAGAAAAAUAUGAAUACAUCUGUCAAAUCGUCGAGUAACGAACAAACGAUAACAAUGUCGAAUACUGAUAAAGUUCAGCCGAAGACUACUCUUGGAAGUUCUACUCGUUAUGUUAACAGUCGUUAUGGUUUUGAAAUUCGUCGCUAUUCCUCACCGAACUGGUUAUCGAUUGAUCUCUUAACGAAAGAUGCAUGUCAAAAACAAGAGAAAACGUUCCGCGAGAUGCUCGAUAAGCAAGAACAGAAUGAAAUCGUGGCACAGAAUGUUUAUUCGUUAGAAUAUUAUCGUCAACGUUAUAAAGAACUGUUACAAUCGUAUCAGCAAGGUCCUUUAACUCGUGAACAAUGGGCAAAGCAAAAUUAUCAAUUACAUUGCAUAAGAACACUAUACACUCAAGCGUAUCAACGCGAACAAUAUCUUCUUGGCUUGCAUGCAGAACAACUACGUCAAAACCGCGCACAGACUGUUUUUAAAAAAUGGAAAGAUGUGAAAGAUCAACAAAAACACGCGAAGUUCGACGAGCGUCCUAAAACAACGAGCAGUCAACGAACAACUGAAUCACCAUCUGUAUCCUCAAAUCCUUCCUUUUGCCACUCUACUCCCACAGCAAAUGCCACAUCAUCAUCCUUGACAUCUACUGCUGAACUCGAACAGUUAUCCAUUUUUCGACCGGUGAGUUCAGUGAAAGAUAGUCUCAAAACAUUGUAUAUGUUAGACAAACGUCGAUCAUCACUGCAAGCCAUGCUGAAACGUAUUGUCGGAUUAGAUGGACCUCUUCCGCCACCGCCUAAAAUUCCCUACCGACAACCAUCCUCACGAACGAAUGCUAUUGAAGAUAGCGAAUUCGACUCAAACUUUUCAAAAUAA